AACAACAAAAAUACGGCGGAGUGGUUCCCGACUUAGCCGCGAAAUUACAUUUAGAAAAUAUUCAAAAAGUCUUAAAAAAAGCUCUAUCAGUGGCACAAAUUGAGCCAAAAAAAAUUGAUUAUAUUGCUUAUACGGAAAAGCCAGGACUGGUUAUUUGCCUGCAAAUUGGCAAAGUAAUUGCCGAAACUUUGGCUCUUUAUUUAAAUAAGCCGCUGAUUUCUUGUAAUCACCUCGAAGGCCACAUUUACGCUAGGCAAACUUUGGACGACGCAAUUGGUGAAUGUUUAGAUAAAAUUUCUUUACUUCUGGGUUAUACUUACCCCGGAGGACCGAUUAUUGAAAAAUUAGCUUUAACCGGCAAAAAUACUUAUCCUUUACCUUUAACUAAAUUAGAUAACACUUUUGCUUUUAGUUUUAGUGGUUUAAAAACGGCUGUGCGGCGAAUAAUUGAAAGGGAAAAAUCCGAAAAUAGUCCAACAAAAUUAAACAUUAAUGAUUUGGCUUAUUCUUUACAAUAUACUUUGGCAAAAAUCUUGACUUUUAAAAUUGAAAAAGUUCUUAAGGAAAAAAAAAUCAACACUAUUAUUCUCGGCGGGGGAGUAAUAGCCAACAAAUAUUUAACUGGUUAUAUCCAUAAUUUUCUCCAAAAAAAAGCUAAAAAUAUUAAACUGUUUCUUCCGCAAAAAAAAUAUUGUACUGAUAAUGCGGCAAUGAUUGGAAUUUUGGCUUAUUAUAAACUACGAGAGCAAAAAAACCCUAAACUUGAUUUUUCAAAUUUUUUUAUUUAA